AUGGACACACAAGCCGGGUACUUUGGCUCCACUCAACUCCACAUUGCAGUAUCGCGUGGAAGGGAAAAGACCGCAGUACUAUUGCUUCGUGCUGGUGCUAGCCCAAAUAUGCGAGAUGAAUCGGGUGACUCGGCUCUCCAUUUGGUUUGUGGACCCAGUGGCAGGUCGGACUUGGUAGAGCUUCUCCUGGGUCAUGGAGCAAGCAUCAAUGUCCAAAACCGAGACGGUAACACUCCACUGAUCAUUGCUCUCCAAAGGGGAAAUGGUUUGGCUCGGCGUCUAUUGGAGCUUCCUGAAAUUGAAACCCAUCACACAAACAACAAAGGAGAUAAUGCAUUAGUGGCUGCUUGCUCCAGAGGCGACUUGAACAUUCUCUACAUUUUGCUUCGCUUCCGGUUGGGGGAGCUGGGGCGGCUGUUCUGA